AUGGAUCAGCAGGCCGCGGCAGAGGAGUUCAAGCGACGGAAGGCUUCGAACACGGCGUUACUGCGCGCGGCCGCUGCCGGGAACCUCGCAGCCGUGGAAGGACUGAUCGCCGAGGGCGCCUCCGUCGAUACGACGGACGACAACGGGCUCACGCCGCUCCACCUCGCCGCCGCGGGCGGCCGCGACGCGGUGGCGCGGCUGCUCCUGUCAAAGGGCGCGAGUGUGCAGGUGGACGACAACGCCGGGCGGACGCCGCUCCACGCGGCCGCGCGGUUCGGGCAAGCCGGGAUCAUCGAGCUGCUGCUCGCGCGCGGGGCCGACCCGGCGGCCGCGGACAGCCGCGGGCGGAACCCGCUACACACCGCGUGUUCGCGGGCGCACGAUGCCGCCGCGAAAUCGCUCGCGGGCGCCGGGCCGGACGGUCUGCGCGCGCUGCGCGCCCUCAACGACGACGGCGUGACGCCGCUGUGCGAGGCCGCGCUCCGCGGCGCGCACGGCUGCGCGCGGGCAUGCAUCAGCGUCGAACCGACGGCGGCACUGGCGGCGUGCCGCGGCCUCACUGCGCUGCACGCUGCGUGCUCGCGCGGGGACGCGGAGAUGGUCCAGAUCCUGCUUCUCGGGGGCGCGGACGCGCGGGCCGGGGCGGGCCCUAGUGCUGUAUCCUCGUUGCACGUCGCGGCACACCAGGGGAGCGUGGAGUGCUGUCAGGCGCUGCUGGCCGCCGGCGCGGACCCCGGGGUGAUCUCCGCGGACGGCGACCGCCCGAAGGACGUCGUGCCGCCGUCCUGCGCGCACGCCGACGCCCUGCGGAAGCUCCUGGACCCCCCCCCCUCCAAGCCCGGGAAGGUCAAUCACACCCCCCCGAAGCGGGCCGGGCGGCCGGCCGCGGACGCGGUGCGCGGCGAGGCCGGGAUCACCGUGCGCGUGGAGACCGCGGGCGAGAACGGCGGCGCGCCGACCGUCGAGGAAACCACCGAACAGGUCCGCCUCAGCCUGCCGGCGUCGGCGAUGGCCCCAGACGCGGGGGCGGCCGAGGGCCUCCCGCAGGUGCCGGCGGACGCGGCCGAGGUGCAGGAGCUGCGCAGGCAGGUCGAGGAGGCGCGCGGCGGCCGCCCGCACGCGCCCCACGACCCCGCUGACGACCCCGUGCACCCCAGCGUGCGGCAGGCGCUGGAGAGCGCAGGCGGCAAGAUCGGGGUCCGGCGGCGGAGCCGCAAGCACGCGGACCAGGGCCCGGAGAUCCGUCCUGUGCCACGCCCCGCGACGCCGCCCGCGGACGCACCCGGCAACGGGCAGCACCCUGACAGCGGGGACAAGGCGGCGUCCGAGGGGGGGGUAUUACGCGAGGACGGCGGCCGCGUCAUCGACGCCGCCGCCGCCGCCGCCGACGACGACGACGACGACGACCUGCCCGCGUGGAUGACGGCGGUGUGGAAGGCGACGAAGGUGCUGCGGCGGCGCGUGACGGGGCGCCUGAUGGUGGUGUGCUGCGUCAUUUUGUUCAUGGCGGCGUACAGGGCGGUGCGACGGCGGCUGUACGGUGCGGGGCUGGAGCGGUACGGCGAGGAGGGGGGCAUGACGGUGGAGGACUGGCGCGGGCUGGUGGGGCUGGAGCGGGUGCAGGGGGAGGCGGGCGGGCAGGGACGCGGGGAGCUGUGA